GUCUCAAAGGAAUGUUUGAAGCAGCUGCGACUGACAUCAGAUGAUGACCAUGCUACCCCAGAUGAAGAAAAAUUAUCAGCUAUAUUUGAUGUUAUUAGGGUGAAGGCAGAACUGCAAAAGGUUACAAAUGAACGUAAUGACUUACAAGAGCAGUUGGAAGAUGCAGAAAUAGCUCAGAAGAACUUAGAGGAAGCCAUGGCUUCAAUCCGUUCAGAAGUGGCAGGACUAAGAGACCAUCAUGAUCUUGCUGUCAAGGAGAAGGAAGAAGCAUUGAGUAAAUUGGCUGUGUUGUCUCAGUACUUUGAGGAGAAGGAAGCACAACUUACCAAGGAAUUGGAGUCACAAGAAGGUCUGAGAGUUGAUGCUGAGGGCUCUGCAGCUGCUGUUGCAAAGAAGAUUCAGAAUUAUGAACUAGAAAUAGCCUCCUACAAAACACAACUGGAUAGUCUGCGUAAGGAACUUGACGACCAAGAACAGUCCUACAAGUCUCAGAUUGCCAGUCAUGAACAAAAGGCUCAUGAUAAUUGGGUGCAGGCCAGGGCAGCCGAACGGAAACAUGAGGAACAAAGGCUGGAGAAUAAUCAGUUGAAGAGUCGCCUUGCCAUGAUGCAAAAAGAGAAGGAAGAAUCGCAGCAACAAUCCAUGGGCAUUAUAAAGCCUACAGCAAAACGUGUAGAUGCUAAUGGUUCAAUGUCAUCUCCUGGACCCAUUUUGGAUGGUAUGGUGGAUGGGAAUCAUUCAGGCCCACCAUCUCUCCAUCGUGAAGUAGACUCUCCACCCAUUCCUCAUCCCUUACAUGGUCCACCUCCUAUGUUGCCAUUGAUGUUCCCCCCAGGAGCACCCAUUCCCCCAGGGGUGCCUCCACCCCAUGGCUUACCACCAGGAGUUCCACCACCCCCACCUGGCCUGCCCCAUGGGUUGCCUCCUCCAUUCCUCCCUGGAGAACCUCCAUUUAUGGGACCUUUACCUCCUCUCCCAGGGGGUCGUCUCCCACCUGCAGGUGGGAUGUCUUCCCCUCCAUUCCGUAGAUCAGGAUCUCCAUCAUAUGAACAUCGAAAUGAUCGUUAUUCUCCCAGAAGUGAUAGAUCACACUUCUCAGAUGGACGGUAUUCACCCCCAAUGUUGCGGCGUAGACCACAUUCUCCCGAUUCACACCGGAACCGCUCUCCAGAUAGAAGAUCUGACCGUACAAGAUCCCCUGACAUGCGUUCUGACAGAAUGAGAAGAUCACCAGAUUCUCGAGGAGACCGCCGCUCUCCAGACCGCAGAUCAGGUAGACGCUCUCCAGACAGACGCUUCACGAGAUCACCUGAUGGUUAUGUUCGGCAUAGAUCUCCCCCACGUCAUUUUUAUGAUGACCCGGAAUAUAAUGACGAUCCAAGGUUACAUUCACAUCUAAAAGGAAAGAAGACCUCCACACCAGUGGGACCCAAUGAUCGAUGAAGGAAAUAGUUUAGCAGCUGAUUCAUCUGGGUAUCCUCAACACUCUCUGUAAAUGGGUUGAUUUUUUGUUUAUUUAUUUAUUUUUAUGUUUAUGGUUUCUAUAAGUAUUUAUUUUUAAUUUAUUUUUUGUUUUGCCCAGUCUUUUUUUUCCCUGUGUCAUAUAACAUUUGUGGUGCUGAUGCUAAGUACCCAGACUUGCCCAUGUGAUACCAUGUAACCAAAUAAAAAUUGUUAUUGCCAAUUGUCAGCUUUGAAUGCAAAAAGGGUCAUCAUCUCAGUAAUCAUGUGUGCUGCCAGUUAAAUGUGUGAAAGAUUUGUUACAUGUUUUUUAUAUUUAUGACUGUAAAUUGGUUUGCUGGUAUAUAUCUCAUCACAGUUUAUUAAAAUAUUGAGAUACAUCUCAAUUCUGGAAUGUAUGUUUCAAAACAAAAAUUAUAUUGUAUAAGAGUGAAAUAUAGUGCUGAAGAUGUUCGGAUUCUUGACAAAGCUAAUGGACUGAAUUUGCAUCAGUCACAAUCAUCAAUAUUGUUUCAAAUAUAGUUGUCAGCCUUAUUGGCAAGUCUGUUAGGAAAGGGGAAGCUAGUGAUAUAUGUCUGUAUCAGCACCUCGUUUUAUUUUAAAUAGACAUGUGGAUGCAGUGAUAAUUAAGCAAAGUCCAUACCUGUUUUAUAGUGACUCAUACAUUGGUUGGACAGAUUUCUAUGGGAAUGUAUGCCAUCUUAAAGCAAUGUUUCAUUCUGAACAGUGAGACACUCUUUUUGAUGAGAAAGUAGACUGUCUAGGAUGAAAGUAAGAAUGCCAUCAAAUUGUACAUUUGUAAUUUUAUUCUGUAUAUUUGUGGAAAGAUUUUUUUACUUAAAUACAGUCUGUAACCUCUGUGAUCAUAAGACAUUAGAUGGUGAAGUAACUAGUAUAGAGAGCAGGUAGCAGGUGCUGUCUUAUCUGUAGGUGCAAUUGUCCACUUGUACCAUCUACAUAUAAAGGAAAUGAUUUAAUAAACUUGUAUUAAAAGGA